CUGUGCUACUAGCAUUUCUAGGUUUACUCCUUCAACCCCUACUGUUCUAUCUUCUAUCCUCUUCACCAAAACCUCCAAACCCCAAAAGAGAAGAAGCAAUCUAGGUUUCCACUCCCCCCACCCCCCAAUGGGAAAAAAAUAGCCAAAAAAAAGAAGAAAAAGAAGUAAUCUUUACUACGUUAUUAGCGAUUACAAAUCUUCAAUAUAAUCAAAAGGGUUCCUAAGCGUCCAAAUUUUGUCAACUCUCUUGCAACCUAUCGAUUAGUAUCAUCACCUUAAAAGUGAACUAUUAUUGUGAACGGAAAGCAUAACAGUAUAAAUUGUUAUCCGGGCUUCUUUUUGUUUGUUUAAAUGGGUUCCCCACAAGCAAAUUUGUGGGUGUUAUUGGGUUUAGGAUUAGCUGGGAUUCUAAUAAUGACCAGGAAGUUGAAGAAAGCGGUGAAAGCUGAUUUUGGGGCGUUUGUGGAACGGCUUCAGCUAUUGCCGCCCCCUCCUCCGCCGCCUCCCAAGGCCCCUCACCCUCUAACGGGCCUAACUUUUGCCGUCUCUGACGUAUUUGAUGUUGAAGGGUCUAUUACUGGAUUUGGCAAUCUGGAUUGGGCGAAAACCCAUGAGGCUGCUUCUCAAACAUCUCCAGUGGUUUCUGCCCUGGUUGAAGGAGGUGCCUCAUGUACAGGGAAAACUGUUGUGGAUGAUAUGGCAUUUGGUGUCAGUGGAGAAAAUAAGCAUUAUGACACACCAACCAAUCCUGCCGCUUCUGCAAGAACUCCAGGAGGAUCAUCUAGUGGAGCUGCUGUAGCUGUGGCUGCCGACCUCGUUGAUUUUUCCUUAGGUAUCGAUACAGUUGGUGGUGUGAGAGUUCCUGCUGGGUAUUGUGGGGUAUUUGGGUUUAGACCCUCUCAUGGGACUGUUUCUCAGCUGGGAGUACUUCCUGUUUCAGCAAGCCUUGAUGCUGUUGGAUGGUUUGCUAAAGAUCCCACUAUAUUACGUCGUGUGGGACAUGUGCUGCUGCAGGUUCCUUAUUCUGUCCCACGAAGCCCCAGGAGUAUUGUAGUAGCUGAUGACUGUUUUAACCUAUUGAAUAGUUCUGCUGAUCGAGUUAGUCAGGCUGUGGUAAAAUCUGUUGAGAAGUUAUUUGGAAGACAAGUGUUAAGACAUGAGAAUCUUGGUGACUAUUUAAGCUCAAAAGUUCCAAGCUUGAAAGCGUUUCAGAGUGAGAAAUCAAAUGGUGAAGUAAAAUCCUCUGUCAUACGGCUGUUAGCAAAUAUUAUGCGGAUGCUAAAGCGAUAUGAAUUUAAGCAGUAUCACGAUGAAUGGAUCAAAUCCAUGAAACCCACUUUAGACCCUGUUAUCUCAGUGCAAUUGCAACAAGACCUGGAUAUGGCAGAAGCAGAAAUUGAAAACUGCCAUGCAGUGAGGGAUGAAAUGCGUUCAGCUCUAAAUUUCCUUCUGAAGGAUGAUGGUAUUUUAGCCAUUCCAACUACUUCUGAGCCUCCUCCGAAACUUGGUUCAAAGGAAACUUUAUCAGAGGACUACCAGAUUCGUGCUACUAUGCUGACGAGCUUAGUCAGCAUGUCAGGUUGCUGUCAGGUUGCAGUACCAUUGGGAUUUAAUGAGAAAUGUCCAGUUUCAAUUUCCUUAAUAGCCAGGCAUGGAGGUGAUCGCUUCCUGCUGGAUACAGUGCAGACAAUGUAUGGGGUCCUACAGGAGCAGGCUGAUAUAGUUACAAAGACAAAAUCAUCUAAAAAUGCUGUUAGUCAGGAAACAUCAGCUGAGAUGGCCAAAGAGAAGGGUAACCAAGCAUUUAAAGAUAGGCAGUGGCAAAGGGCAAUUGUAUUCUACACAGAAGCUAUCAAGCUCAAUGCUAAAAAUGCAACAUACUAUAGUAAUCGGGCAGCUGCAUAUUUGGAAUUGGGAAGCUUCAUCCAAGCGGAGGCAGAUUGUACCAAUGCCAUUGAUCUUGAUAAGAAGAAUGUAAAAGCGUAUCUAAGGAGAGGCACUGCAAGGGAAAUGCUAGGUUAUUAUAAGGAAGCAACAGAAGAUUUCAGAUAUGCUCUAGUUCUGGAGCCAAAUAACAAGAGAGCAGCCCAGUCUGCUGAGCGGUUGAGGAGGUUGUUUCCUUAAGUGAAUAGGCUGCAAGCAGAUUUCAAGAAGCAGGCUGAGAGGUGUCAUUCUUAUACACGUACGUUGGGGAAUACACAAAAGUACAUCUGAUCAAAUAUUCUGGAUCUCGGUAUUCCUCUUGUCACACAGGAUUACUCAGAGAGAUGAGGAAUUCUUGUUUGAUUUUGUCAUUAGAUUUAAGCAGAUGGUAGUUGCAUGUACUUGAAUGAGUUUUGUAAGUAUGGGCGUGAUCUUUGUCUACUUAUAUAUGCAUUCAUUCCAAAAGUAACUCCAUAGAUGAGCUGGAGUUUUUGUGCUAGGCUUUUUGUAAGUCUAAUCAAAAUUUUUGCAGCAAUUACUUCGUUCACAAUGUGGUUAUCAAUCAUAAUAAUUCUUU